UUGUUUGGUAAUUUUAUAUGCUAAGUCUUCUUGUUCUUCAUGGUCAUGUAGCCAAACCAAGUAAGCUGGAACCAUUUCCACUGUUUGUCUGGAAUCUGGAUAAGCCGCGCACUGACCAACCUCACCAACCGAAUCCAUUCCAGAAUCCGGCGCCGGUCAUUGUUUGCUGAAGAGGGAUGAGAUGACGAAGCUUGCAGGAUAUUCCCUGGCCGUUUCAUUUGCUCCCACAGGUUCCAAUAUCCUUAAAAACAAUGGCAGAUUCCCAGUAGUUAUAUCUCGUAGGAAUAAGUUCAGCUAUGGGUUAUUUUCUACUCGUGCUCUGAAAGCACAAUUACAUGAUAAGCCUGGAGUGGGUUCCAGAUAUUAUCUUCCUCCUUGGUUUAGUGUUGCUCCAAUGAUGGAAUGGACGGACAAUCACUAUAGGACUCUAGCACGCCUCAUAUCAAAACAUGCUUGGCUAUACACGGAGAUGGUUGCAGCUGAAACAAUUGUUCAUCAAAAGGACAAUCUGGACAGAUUCUUGGCAUAUUCUCCAGACCAACAUCCCAUUGUGCUUCAAAUUGGAGGGAGCAAUAUAGAAAAAUUGGCUAAAGCAACUGAGCUUGCUAAUGCUUAUUGCUAUGACGAGAUCAACUUAAACUGUGGAUGCCCUAGUCCAAAAGUUGCUGGGCAUGGGUGUUUUGGUGUGAGUCUUAUGCUUAACCCCAAGUUUGUUGCUGAGGCCAUGUCAGCAAUUGCUGCCAGCACGAAUGUACCUGUCAGUGUCAAAUGUCGAAUUGGCGUGGAUGAUCAUGAUUCUUAUAAUGAGCUUUGUGAUUUCAUAUACCAGGUUUCUUCUUUAUCACCCACUAAACAUUUUAUAAUUCACUCAAGGAAGGCACUGCUCAACGGUAUUAGCCCUGCUGAGAAUAGAAGCAUUCCUCCGCUAAAAUAUGAAUACUUCUAUGGCCUCCUACGUGACUUUCCUGAUCUAACAUUUACAAUCAAUGGCGGCAUUACUAGUGUUGACGAGGUCCGUGCGUCUCGAGAAGCUGGGGCUCAUGGUGUUAUGGUCGGACGUGCAGCGUACAACAAUCCUUGGCAUAUUUUGGGGCACGUAGAUUCUGCAAUUUAUGGUACACCAAGUCCUGAUGUUACACGUCGUCAGGUCCUUGAAAAAUAUCUAGCCUAUGGGGAGUCGGUGAUGGGAAAAUAUGGACGUAGGCCAACUAUGCGAGAUAUUAUGAAGCCUUUACUCAAUCUUUUCCAUUCAGAACCUGGGAAUGGACUAUGGAAGCGCAAAGCUGAUGCCGCUUUCAAAAAUUGCACGACUGUCGAAUCAUUUUUUGAAGAAACCCUUGUGGCAAUUCCCGACUCGGUAUUGGAUUCGCCUGUUGCCAAACUACCACCUGGCCGUAGAGAUCUUUUUGCCAACAUACACAGUUUAUUGCCUCCGCCAUACAGAACAAGAGAAGAAGAGGCAGUGGUCAUUUGCGCUUAAGUUCAUGUGUACUCUGCAAAACCAAGUUGAGCUCAUUGCCUUUUUUAGUUUUAUUUAUUUAUUUCUUUUUUUGAAAUCAAGUGAUGGGUCUCGUGUAACAGUAUUAUUAAAUUAACAUGAAUGCAUAAUUAUCUUUUUGUAAGCAA